ACAGAAUAAGAUCCAAGAACGAAGAAGAAUAAAAACAAAAAAUCCAGUCUUGAAAGGCCAUUAUUUUAUUGCCACUUAUCAUCCCUUCCAACCAGACUAUCAAGGAUGGCUCUAAAAAAUUGUUUCCAGUUGACCUCAGUUUGCAACACCAGAGCUAGUGUGCUUCAAAGCUACCAUCAUCAUCAUGUUUCUUCUGUUGACAAGAUCCAUUUCCAGACAUUUAAAGGGUUGAAAUUGAAUAAACCCAAUUUAUCCUUCACUGCUGAUAGAUGCCCAAAAUCCAGGCUUAUAUGUAAAGCCAGUGAGGCUGUUGCUCAAGUUGAAGUGGUGACAGAAGCAGACUGGGAAGAGCUUGUGGUUGGCAGUAAGACACCAGUUUUAGUGGAUUUUUGGGCACCAUGGUGCGGACCCUGUCGGGUGAUUGAACCAGUUAUAGCUGAAUUAGCCAAAGAAUAUGCUGGGAAGAUUGUUUGUUACAAGCUCAACACUGAUGACAGCCCAAAUAUUGCCACAAAAUUCGGUAUCAGGAGCAUCCCAACCGUGCUGUUCUUCAAAAAUGGAGAGAAGAAAGAGAGUAUCAUUGGUGCAGUGCCCAAAUCUACCUUGGCUGCCACUAUUGACAAAUAUGUUGAUGGCUGAACAUGAAACGAUAUCAAAGUUUCAUGUUCAUGCCAUACUAUGCCAGUUCUUUAUGUACCAUUCAUUCACAAUGACAUAUCUAUGAAUUUUCCUCUUUUAAAUA